GUUUGUUUCGGGUUCAGGACUUCAUGCCGACACUUGCUGCGAAUAAAAGGCUAAUCACGAAAAAGAGGCACUGGUCGUAGUAAAGACGUUUUCGGGAGGACCCCAUCCUCUUUAGUUUUAGUUUCCUCUGUUUUUCGUUUUGAAGAUGACAGAGAAAAAGAUAGGAGCACCAGGGAUGGCCAUAUGCAGCCCAUGCCGAGCGGCCGUCGCUGCAGGUUUGACUGUGGUCAUAAUGGGUGGACUGGGAGCCGCCAUCUGGGCACUGGUAAGCUACUUAAGAGCAGCAGAAGACACAGGUUUAUAUGAUGUGCAGGUCAGCGUGGCUGACCAGAGGCUGAGGGUGUUUGACUCUGUCCAGAGGAGGUGGAGACAUGUCUGCUCUUCCAGUGCCAAUCAACUACUUGCCGCCAUCAGCUGUGAGGAAAUGGGCUUUGUGAGGGCUAUAAAUUUUUCCGUCACCUGUGCUCCAGACAGCAGUAGCGGUCAUGAGUUUUUCUGUGUAAAAGAGAGUGAGUUAACAUACGGAAAGAAGAUAAGCACUGCCCUGCAGCCUUGUAAAUGUGAAAAGGGACAAAUCCUUGAAGUGCUUUGUCAAGACUGUGGGCGGCGGAUGCAACCUGAGGAGAGGAUCGUGGGUGGGGCUGAUGCACGGCAGGGCUCCUGGCCGUGGCAGGUCAGCCUACAGUACGACGGCGUGCAUCAAUGUGGUGGCUCAAUCAUAUCAGACCUCUGGAUCAUCAGUGCUGCACACUGUUUCCCUGAGAGAUAUCGUCAUGUAUCGAGAUGGAGGGUCCUGAUGAGCUCUAUCUACAAUACCCCUAUCCACAAGAAUGUGGUGAUUGGUGAGGUGAGGACAGUUGUCUACCACAGCAGCUAUCUGCCCUUUGUUGAUGCCAACAUUGAUGACAACAGCCGAGACAUCGCUGUCCUGGCCCUAACCAAACCACUGCAGUUCACUGACUACGUGCAGCCGGUGUGUUUGCCUACAUACGGCCAGAGACUGGUAGACGGCCAGAUGGGCACAGUGACCGGCUGGGGAAACGUGGAGUAUUAUGGUACACAAGCCAAUAUUCUCCAAGAAGCACAUAUCCCCAUCAUAAGUGAUGCUGUCUGCAACGCUCCUGAUUACUAUGACAACCAGGUCACAACCACAAUGUUCUGUGCUGGCUAUGAGAAGGGAGGAACUGACUCCUGCCAGGGGGACAGUGGUGGCCCCUUUGUGGCAGCUGACUCUCUGUCUAAGACAAGCCGCUACAGGUUGCUUGGUGUGGUGAGCUGGGGCACGGGCUGUGCCAUGGCCAAGAAACCGGGUGUCUACACCAGAGUUUCCCGCUUCCUGCCCUGGAUCUCCAGCGCCAUGAGGACAUAUGAGAAUUCCCCAGGAGUCCAUAAAAUGGCUCGAGCAGCCACAGCAUAGCUCACUAAGACCUGAAGAAGUUUUAGCUGAAGGAUCACAUCUGCUGUGUGUUGCUGCCAUGGACAACGAGCCAUCCUAAAGGCCAACAGAGAAACGAUCACAGCAUAAAGCCAAUACCCUCUUCUGUUGCGUUGCCAUAACUGAAUCAUACAUUUCAGUCCAAUGUUACUAAAUGAAUUGAAAAUUGUCACCAUGAAGCAAUGCUUAUGGAAGGCAAUGUCUGUAACAUAUGAUGUGGCCUAAUAGUGUAAUGCAUGGUUUGCAAGAUACAUUUAAAAAAACAAAACAAAAACAAACAAAAAAACCCAAAC